CUCGUUCAACAAGUCAAACCGCUCUUGCAGCAAGGCCAAACAGAUCAUGAACAAAAUACAGGGCAUGAUCAAAGGUGCUGAUCUAGAGAAUAAGAUUUUUCAACGAGCACAAAACGAUCAGAAGGCUCAUAGGGCGAACCCGGAGGAGCAGAGACUCGCAGAGGCUUCGAAGGUGAUGAUCGAAGAAGUAGGAGGGACUAUUGCAUGGGCUCGAAACAAGCUUAAUGCCUUCCUAAAGGCAAAGAAGGAUCUUGGUCCGCUACUCGAUGCGCGCUUGGACCCGGCGUCGGAAUGCUACUUGCUGGUGUUCUCAACCUCCUCGGAAGUCUCCUCAGUGGCCUCGGUUUGGAUUCGUUGUUGAAGGGUAUUUUUGCUGCGACUGGUGUCGAUAAGAUAUACCAGGAAUUAGGUCUCGGG